CAUGGAUGGACCUCGAGAUUGUCAUACUGAGUGAAAAACGAAGAGAGAGAGGAAAGAGGAGGUGCUCAGCAAAUUUCCUAAACAUUCUUGACUGUGGUCAAGACGGGACUCGUGGAGACCUCCAGAUCCAUGCUGAAGUCUUCAGCUACUAUCUCGGGUUUUUGUUUAGCAAUGGAGUCUUUCUCUGCUGAGACCAAUUCAACUGACCUACCAUCACAGCCCUGGGAUGAACCCCAAGUAGUUCUCUCCAUGGUCAUUCUCUGUUUCACUUUCCUACUGGGAUUGCCAGGCAACGGGCUGGUGCUGUGGGUGGCUGGCCUAAAGAUGCAACGAAGUGUGAGCACAGUUUGGUUUCUGCAUCUCACCUUGGCUGACUUUCUCUGCUGCCUCUCCCUGCCCUUCUCCCUGGUUCACUUGGCUCUCCAAGGACACUGGCCCUACGGCUGGUUCCUAUGCAAGCUCAUCCCCUCCAUCAUUGUCCUCAACAUGUUUGCCAGCGUCUUCCUGCUGACCGCCAUUAGCCUGGACCGCUGUCUUUUGGUACUCAAGCCAAUCUGGUGCCAGAAUCAUCGCAACGUGGGGACAGCCUUCACUAUCUGUGGAUGUAUCUGGGUGGUGGCUUUUGUAAUGUGCAUACCUGUGUUCAUAUACCGCGAAACGUUCACUAUAGACAACCAUAGUAUGUGUGGCUACAAUUUUGGUCUCUACAGAUCAUUAGAUUAUUCAGACUUCAACUUUGAUCUACUGGAAAACGGGUCUCUUGACAACUCCAUUGUUGAGCUGCCUGAAGAAAUGGAUGAUAGGUUCGAUUCUUUCUCUCAGCAAACAAAUGAUUGUCCCUGGGCAGCCACCGCUGGCCUCUGUUCUCAAAUAUUUCAAAGAACUUCUGGACAUUCACUCCCUAUGGAUUCAGCUAGAUUGUCUGUUCAACAUCCAUAUUAUAAGGUAUUUAAACCAGCUGAUGAGGUCUCAGCUACAAUCCCCAGUGAUUUUCCCAUUGAAGAUCACAGAACUAACCCACUGGAGAACUCUGAUGCUUUUCUUCCUGCUGAUUUAGAGCUUUUCUCUAGUGCCUCCGGCAACUCCUCAUACACGUGGGAGCUAUUGGAAGAUUUCCAGGAUGAUGAUUCAGGCCAAUUUGCAUAUGGCCAUCAAGUGCCAACACCCCAGGUAGCAAUAACCAUCACUAGGCUCGUGCUGGGUUUCCUGUUGCCCUUUAUCCUCAUGGUGGCCUGUUACAGCCUCAUUAUCUUCCGAAUGCGUCGGAGACGCUUCACCAAGUCUCGGAGCAAAACCUUGAGAGUGGCUAUGGUGGUGGUGGCUGUCUUCCUUGUCUGCUGGGCUCCGUACCACAUUGUUGGAGCCCUCUUACUGUUUAUUGACCCAGAAACUCCCUUUGGGGAAGCUCUGUUGUCCUGGGACCAUGUGUCUCUUGCUUUAGCAUCUGCCAAUAGUUGCUUCAAUCCCUUCCUCUAUGCCCUUCUGGGGAAAGAUUUUAGGAAAAAAGCAAGACAGUCCAUGCAGGGAAUUCUGGAGGCAGCUUUCAGUGAGGACUUGACACACUCUACCAGCUGCCCCCCAAACAAAGUCUCUUUGGAAAAAAACAGUAUCAGUACAGUUGUGUGAAAAUAUGGAGCAGUUGACCCAAGCAGAGGUCCUUAGGCAUUCACCCAGUGCAUCAUAUUUCUAAAAAGACGACAGAGAUGGGGAGCAGGGGAUUUCAGAAACUGUCAAAGAAUCAAUCCAGAGGGUCUUAAAGUGUGGUCCCAGACUAGUGGCAUCGGUAUCACCUGGUUGAUAGAAAUACAAAUUCUCCAGCCCCACCAGAGAUUUGCUGAAUCAGUCUCUGGGGGUGGGGCUCAGUGUUUUCACAAGCUCCCUUGUUUCGGAUGAAUGCUAAAUUUGGGAAGCAUUGUAAAAAUUAGUCUAUUUCUAUCGCAAACAAAGCCACGUGAAAUAAAUGCGAAGGCAGUCUCCUUUAAAAUGUUUCCAUCAUUAAAUUUCUUUCUAAUUUCCUUCCAGAUUCAAGUUAAAACCAUUUCUUCUAGUCCUACCUGAGUGAAAGGUGAUCAUUUAUUCUGUGGCUUUGUUGUGGUGACGGUGGUGGUGAUAGUUUUAAAUGAAAAAAAAAAAA